AUGUUCCAUUCGAGAAGAUCGCGCGAAAGCAGGGCGAUUGAUUCCGGGGCUUUGGCCGCUGCCUCGGCCAUUGGAAGAGCCCUGGAUGCCAAAGGGACGAAAGUAGAUGCCGAGAAAUUGCCAAGAUACGGCGGGGUUUCACGGUCAAAUUCGAUGAUGAGGACCAGUUCUAUAACCAGGGGACCGAAUAGUCGAACUCCUAGUUUAAGAUCAUUGAGAGAUUCGAGACGCGCGUCGAGUUUGCAGUCGAAUUCCGCGAGAAGAAGACAAAAUGGUAUAGAAGAUGCCGAGUUUUUCGACGCAGAAGAUACGUUCCAUGCGUUUGGUGGAGCACCUGUACCGGCCAGAGCUGUGACUGUGAAAAAAUACGUUCCUGGACCUAAUGGGCUUGUGACGAUCGAGGUUCCCAUAAGCGAAGUGACCCGGGCAACUGGUUCACGCAACUCAAGGGGAUUCUCGAGGUCCGCUUCCAUGAACAGCGGAUUGGAUUUGAAAAGCGAUUUUUUGGGACCUAGAUCACCUGCUACUGCGUUAAAAUCCCAAAGACGCGUCAGUGGGCCUCCAGCGGCCCCUGCGGUGCAAUCAAGAGGGGCUUCAGAACCCAAAAAAGCUUCGAGGCCAGUUGCCCAGGAGGCUGUCGUUGAAGAGACUGCCGAACAACUUCAGCAAGAUGAGACCCAAACGCAGGAUCGGGCGAGUUCAAUUGUGACAUCGGCAUCUCCCGUGAGCCAUAAGACCGGGUCAGUGGCAUCGGAGACUAAACCAAUUAUUAAAUUGAAGUCUUCUCCGCUGAGCGUCGAGCAACAUACUCCACCAGUGGUGCUUAUAUCUCCAGCAGACGUAGACGUCGACAAACAAACGAAUAACGAGGGAAAACAGGAUUUGAAUUUAAACGGAGAAGACGCAUCCAAAGUUCUCGUUAAUGAGCAAUCCACUUCGAACAAGGAAAACGUUGAGAAAGAGAACGAAGCUUUUAACUCAUCAUCGGGAAGUAGCAUGGCGCAGUACAUUAGAUCUGCGAACAAUUAUUUGAAUAAACGAUCGAGUGACAAUGCAAAAACUGCACAGGAGGCAGUCGUGGAAAGAGAGCCAAUAACUUCUUCCUUUGGAGAAUCGACUUCUUCAUUGACCAAAGUGCCCUCGCCCAAAAAAUCUGCAUUGAAAAAAACUACCAGCCAGAACUCCGCGCAGGCAAAUUAUGAAGGCGUACACAGGGCCUCGAAGGCACAAGACGCUUAUAUCUCGUUGACUACAGCAGAAAAUACGCGGCUGAAUGCGCAGCUGUACUCUGAACCGCCUUCGCGUAGGUCAUCCAUGCGGAAGCCUCGUCCGUCAUCGAUGCUAAACGGGAAACCCGGGAAUAACAUUCCAGUAGCUGCUGCUCCAAAGGCCAAGCGCAACACGAUGGACUUUACUCCACAACAGACGCAGCCUCCAGCUAGAUCUAGCAGAAGACCCGACGUUCAUUCAAAGCGGAUUGCUGCUGUGAAGCCGCCUGCUAAUCCGGCUGUUUCAAGCGCUCCUCUAUACCCAAAAGAGCCUGCUAAACGGUCGAGUUUUGAGAAACAAAGACCCACCGAAAGCAAUAUCGGAUUUAAGAAACUCUCGCUGAGAGAUGAGGUGACAGAUAUAAUGUAUGAGAAAAGCGCACUUAGCAACAAUUUCCACGGCCAACAGCCGGGUACUCCAGUCAAAACCGCGGUUCAACCACCUCAGCCCAUAUUGGAGCCAACCUCUAAUGCUAACUUCACUUCCCGAUUUCAGGACUCCGAUUCAGAUGAUGAACUCCUAGGCACUCCUGCUAAUUUCAAUUCCGCUCCAGCUCCCCAACCCGCUAACGGAGCCUCUAAGCUUUUCAAGAAAAAGAAUAAAAUUAAUCUAGAACCGCCACAACCACAGUUCUUACAAUCUGCUAGUGCACCGACUUCGCAACAAAAUACACCUGUUAAAAAGAUAAGUCACCUGUCCUUAAGGGCAACCAGCGUGGCCAGCGAACAAUCCCCGGUGACGGAAAAGAAAAAUAGGGCAGAUCGAUUCUUCAGUGAUACACUUCCUGCCAGAAACUCAGAGCCAGGUGCCAAGAAAAAGGUCAGUCUUGGCAAGAAGCUUAAGAAGAUUUUUGGAAGAAAUAAAUAG